AUGUCAAGCUUACUAUUAAUUCUACUAUCGUGGCAAGCCAUAUUGUCAUAUGGCCAUCCCCAACAUACUGGAGUCCGCAAAGUAAAAACAGGUGAAGACCCCGGUGAGCCCUUAUUUUUGACCCCAUUAAUCGAAAAAGGUGACAUCAAGAAAGCCAGGCAUCUAGCCAGAGUAAACCUCAACGACAGUUUACCAAUCGAGAGCUACACGGGAUUCUUCACCGUCAAUAAGGCUCACGACUCCAACCAGUUCUUCUGGUACUUCCCCAGCAUGUUCCCGGACAAAGACCAGGCGCCGGUACUCGUGUGGCUCCAGGGCGGCCCGGGCGGAUCUUCCUUGUUCGGCUUAUUCUGCGAAAACGGCCCCAUCGCAGAAGAAAACGGCCAAUUUGUACCCAGACAAUACCACUGGGCUUUAAACCACCACGUGAUCUAUAUUGACAACCCCGUGGGCUCGGGGUUCAGCUUCACAAACGACACUAAAGGAUACUGCACAGACGAGACGCAAGUCGGCGAACAACUCUACUCCACCAUCACUCAGUUCUUCCAACUGUUCCCAGAGCUACAGAAAAACGAUUUCUUCAUCACUGGAGAAUCAUAUGCAGGAAAGUACGUCCCGGCUUUUGCUCAUACGAUUCACAAAAAGAACUCCAAUGCGAAAACUAAAAUAAACCUUAAAGGGCUUAUUAUCGGCGGUGCUUAUAUAAAUCCUGAAAGUCAGAAUAAGUUCAGGUUAGUUUCAGAUGAUAAUUCAAAUUAUAUAAAACUAGGGAAAUGUGAUCCGGAUCAAGAAGGUGGCGAUACAUUUAUUCCGGUGUUAACAGAAAACGAAAUUCGGAAAGCUAUCCAUGUUGGGGCAUUACCAUAUAGCGAGUUCAAUAAUACAGUUUACAACUAUUUGCUUGCUGAUAUUCCGCGGUCAAUGGCGCCUUGGUUGUCGGAACUGCUAGACCACUAUUCAGUAACCCUUUACGGCGGAGAAGACGAUCAUACAGUGCCCUACGCUGGGAUUGUUGAUUUUUUAAGGAACCACUUUAAUUUUACGGGUGCAGAUGAAUAUAAAUCCACGAAGAGGUACUCAUGGAGGGUAAAUGGUGAACUAGCGGGGUGUGUGAGGAGCGCGCGUCUUCUGAAGGACAUUUUUGUGCUGAAAGCUACGCACUAUGUGCCUGCCGACCAGCCGGAACGAGCAUGGGACAUGAUCACGAGACUCACUUAUGGAAAGGGCUUUGAUAAGAAAGAAAUCUGCCCAGUAGAGCAAGCAUCAGCUUUUAGUCUUAGUUAAUUUUUAUGAUAUCCUAACAAUGUAAUAAUCAAAUAUUUAUUUAAAUAAGGGAAACCUACAUUGACAACUCAAAUCCACCA